UGUGUUCACUCCCAGCUCCCUGAACCCUAUAAAAAAACGUUGUACCUGGCAAGAAAUCACCCCACAGCACUCUCCGCGUCUAAAAAACUCCCCCUCUCGUACAGCAGAAGAACCAUCUUCCUUUACUGUAGUACCGAGCCCAUCCUCUUUCAUCAAAUGGUCAGUGAAGGUAAUGGUGAUAUGAAGGUUGUCCUGACCAAGCCUUUAUCAUUGGAUGGAGAUGCCUACGCCGACUAUAAAGCUCCUAAUUUUGUCCAACGCUUCUUAAGUCUGUUUAGGAAUGUACGGCCAGGAUCAGAUCUCACCAAUUUCCAGCUUACACCUCAAUUCAACAUUCCAAAGUCCCAGCUCCAAUGUUUUGGUGAAUCAGCAUACAGCUUUGGCAAAAAUUUGCUGCAGCAGUGCAACAAUGCCGAGAGCUCACUUGAAAGAUUCAUCUCUGUUGUAGCAUGGAGCAUAUCCACCACACGUCCUCCUAAUUUUGGUGUUGCCCCUUACAAUCCCAUUCUUGGAGAGACUCACCAUGUCUCCAGGGGAAGCCUCAAUGUUCUACUCGAACAGGUUUCCCAUCACCCACCAGUUUCGGCCCUCCACGCAACAGAUGACAAGGAAAAUAUUGAGUUCAUUUGGUGCCAACAUCCUGUUCCGAAAUUCUAUGGUACUAGAGUUGAAGCUGAAGUGCUUGGCAAAAGGCAACUUAAGCUUCUGAACCAUGGAGAGACUUAUAUGAUGAAUUCACCAAAGCUCAUGGUUAGGUUUUUUCCACCUCGGGUUGAUUGGAUAGGCGAUGUAAACAUUUGCUGCCAGGAGAGUGGUCUUGAAGCUGAGUUAUGCUACGCAACCAGUUCUCUCUUUGGACGUGGAGGACUCCAUUCUGUUAAAGGCAAGAUUUAUGAGUCUUCAUCCAUGAAGACCCUUUAUGAGGUCGAAGGGCACUGGAACAGUACUGUGAAAGCCAAGGACAUUAAUAGUGGUAAGGAGACAAUUAUAUAUGACGCAAAGGAAGUGUUUUCCGAGCUCAAGAUUGCUGUCGUCGAGGAUUUGCAGGGAAUUCGGCCAACUGAAUCAGCUGCAGUAUGGAACGAGGUGAGCAAAGCCAUACUAAGCAAAAACUGGACCAAGGCAAGAGAAGAAAAGAGCAAUGUUGAGGAUAACCAGAGGAAGCUUGCUAAAGAAAGGAACUCAAAAGGAGAAACUUGGGUUCCUAAUAAUUUCACUGUAUCUUAUAGCAAAGAAGAUGGCUGGGACUGCUCACCUAUUCAAGAGAGAGUCCCACCAGCCCCCAUUGUUGUCCCCAUCUAAUAUUCUUUGAUUUCUAGUAAUCUAGAAGUUCAAAGUGAACAGCAUUUAUGUGCUAUAUCAGGUUUCCUUGGACAAUAAUAAGACAGGAUCCAAACCAUGGAUCUAGUUACAGGAUCA